AUAUCAUUAAUAAUAAUAUAAUAAACUGUAUAAUUUUGCAUAUUAAUAUUUGUGACAUCUCAAUUCAUGUUGGCAAAAGUGAUUGUUAUGUGAAUAAUAUAAACAUUGAAUGAAGUUUGAAAUAUUUUGAAUAUCUUGGGGGAACGUUAAUGAAUUAAUGUUUGUAUGAUACACUUCAAUUGGAUAAUAUCUAUCCUCCUAGUCAUUUCAACAGUUUUCAUCCAAAAUAGUUCUGAAAAAAUGUCUAGAAAAUUAGUUUCUGUUGAUUUCGAGGUAUUUGGAAUUGUUCAAGGCGUCUUCUUCCGAAAGUAUACAGAGAAAGAAGCUCAGAAUCUGAGCUUAAAAGGAUAUUGCAGAAAUACAAAUGGCGGGACUGUGGAAGGAACAAUCCAAGGGGAUGUCGACAAAAUUAACAAAAUGAAAAAUUGGCUUCAGAGAACAGGAAGUCCUACUUCUAGAAUCGAUAAGGCUGAAUUUAAGAAUGAGAAAGAAAUAGAUGCUUUUACGUUCAAUGAUUUUUCCAUCCGGAGAUGAAUUCAGUAGCUAGUCUUCAUAAUGAGUUGUAAAUUGAUUAUAUAUUGUGAAGGAUUGUUCAUGCAUUAUAUAACAUACAGAUUCAAUGAAUUCUACAAAUUCACUGAAUAAUUAAGUGAAUAAAUAGUUAAAAAGCA